CCUGUUCUGCCUUCCGAAACCGAUCAAGCCUCGACUUGUGAAUUCAGUUUGUCACAAAACCCUCCUCCUCCUCUUUCCCUUUUCUGCCACUUCCUUUGAAUUUGAAGCCAUAAAAUAUGCAUCAAAGAUCAUCACUUUCACUCUUCAACUUACUUCGUAGAUACCCUUUUCUCCAAUCUACAAAACCCACUUCUUUUCUGUUCAAAUUACUUUCCCUGAUUUCUACCCAUUCAAAAUCCCCUAAUUCAUCCAAACCCAUUUCGAAUUUCUCCAAUUCCAAUCACUCUACCAUCUUAAUCUCUCAUUUGAGGAGAUAUAGUGGGGAUGCAGCUGAUGAUUUUGACAAGCUUAAGAUAAUCGAUGAGAUUAACUUGAAAUUUGCUGAAGCAAGAGAGGAGAUUGAGGCAGCUAUGGAGUCUAAAGAGACUGUUUACUUCAAUGAAGAAGCUGAGUGUGCUAGAGUGGCUGUUAAGGAAGUGCUGGAUAUGUUUGAUGGGUUGUUGGGGAAGUUGCAGGCCAAAGAUAAAGAAGCUUUGCAGAGGUCUAUGGGACUCAAGAUGGAGCAGCUUAAGGCUGAGCUUCAGCAAUUGGAUGAUUGAAUUUCAUUCAUUUUUGAGGUUUGAGUUUUUAGCUUCAAUGAUAGUGCUUAUGGUUAUUUAUAACAAGGGUAACAUUGCAUACAUUGGACCCUCUUCCAUUAAUGGCAUUGGGUAAUGUAUUAUUGAUGUUGUUGGAUGAUAGUGCUUAUUUUUAUUGAGAGUAAUCCUAAUUAUGUGGAUUAUUCUGCAAGUAGUUAUGUUAGUUGCCCAGGAAAUUCUUGUGAAACCCAUCAUCUAACAAGUUUUCUUUUCAAUAGGGAAAUAAUUUGUCUUUA